AUGGAUUUUACUAAACCUGUUAUAUCCCCUGCCGCUAAAUUGGUUAGUGAUUACAAUAAAAAAUCUUAUGCUCGUAUGGUUGAAUCAACAAUUACUGCAGUGGAUCUUAAUAUUAAAGUAAUUCCAAAAGUUGAUGGGAAACCUAGUGGGAAAGUUGAGUUACCUUAUGCAGAUUUAAUGUUGGGUGGUGCUCCUUAUCAUGCUACUUUGUAUGGAUUUUUUGUGGGGAAAAAGCUUGCUUUCCCAACAGUUAAUCAUUUUUCUUUUAAGAUGUGGAAGAUAUAUGGGCUGAAGGAUAUAAUGGUGAAUGAUGAGGGAUUUUUUUUCUUCAAGUUUGAUUCAAAAGAAGGAAUGAUGAGUGUGCUGGAGGGAGGUCCAUGGUUGAUUAACAAUGUCCCAAUGUUUGUUCAAAGAUGGAGGCCAGGUCUAGUUUUGAGUAAACCGCAAAUUAAUUCAGUCCCUGUUUGGGUUAAAGUGUUUAAUGUUCCGUUGGAGUAUUGGAAUAGCAAAGGAAUUACAUUGAUUGCUAAUGAGAUUGGAAAACCAAUUGCUAUGGAUAAAAUAACUCAAAAAAUGUGUAAUGAGCAUUGGGGAAGGCCAGCAUUCAUGCGAUUUCUUGUGGAAAUGUCAGCAGAAACAGAUUGGAUGAAAGAAUUAAGUGUGGUCUCAAUUGAUUUUGGGACAGGAGAAAAAGUUGAAUCAAAGUGCAGGAUAGAGUAUGCAUGGAGACCUGAUAUUUGUAAUCACUGCAAAGUUUAUGGGCAUAAAAAUAGCAAUUGUGGGAUUCUAAAUGGGCAGAAAACUGAUUAUGUUGCUGAUGUUGCUGUUAACAGAGAAGAAAAUGGUAAAAAAGAGAAAGGGGAAGAUGAUGGAUUCAAGCUAGUAACAAAGAAAAGCAAUAAAGGGCAGAAAUUCAAUGCUGGUGUGGUUAUAAAUGAAGAAGGGAAGGUGGAUUUAAUUAAAUCUUUGGAGAAGAGCUCGAAACCUGUUAAUGAAGAUAUGGAUGUUAGUAAUGAAGAUGCAAAUUCAAGAGAUGUGGAUAAUCAAGAAAUGGGAAAAAAUGAAAAAGUUAAAGAACAAGAAAGUCAAGAAGAAGUACAAAAAGAAGGCAAAAGCAAUAAAGGGGCAGAAAAUCGGAAUAAGGGGAGUAAUUAUUCGAAAUUUGCUGUGGGCAAUCUAAAAAAAGAUGGGAAAGAAAAAGGGGUAUUUCAGUCAAAAGAUGAUAAAAAUGGGAAAAAAAAUGGGACAGGGGUGUUUAUUCCAAAAGAAAAAUUAGGAGCAAGAGUGAAGAAUGUAAUUGAUAAUUUCAAUGCCAAGAGAGAUGGAAUGCAGGGGAAAAAAGAAGAAAAUCAGAAAAAAGUAUAUGUCCCUAAGAAGCAAGUGGAGUUUAAAGUUAGCACUAACUUUGAUAAUAUAGGUUCUACUUCAGGGAAAGAUGAUCAAGAUGCAAUUAUUACACAAAACCCUUUUGAUGUUCUUGCUGAUUUGGGUUUAAGAGAUAUGUCUUAUCUUGAUGAGAUGGAUCCGGAGGUUUUAACUGGAGGUGACCAGGAGAUAAACACCGAAAAUGAAAGUGUUGACCAAUGA